CAGUCUAGUGUAUUGUAUGAUUAUACGGAAGCUUGUGGUGCGUAGUGUUAGGUUAUGUUUUUUGAAAGUUAUUAAUGUGCAGAGAACACAUGCUCUUGCGUGCUCUUGCGUAUCGCUUGUACAGUGUUACAACGUGGUUUUGUAUAAAUUUAUAAAUUUACAAUUUUUAUCGCGCGCGCGCGAUAUUUUUAAAUAUUUACAAAGUUUUCAAAGAGGAAUAAACAAUGGCAGAAUUUGUGGAGAAGCGAUGUGAGGAUAUGAUUCCUGACUUCGAACAAAUGGAAAGAAUUAAACUUUUUGAUAAAAAUGAAAUUCGGAGCAUCGCUAAAAAGCUUAAGGAAUAUGAAUAUAAGAUUCAGCGGCAUACAAAACGUAAAGAGGAUUAUCUUCGGUACAUACAAUAUGAAAUGGAUCUUCUAAAAUUGAUUAAACAACGGAGAGAUAAAUAUGGCAUCACUCAAAAAACGUCGGACAUCGAUUACGCCAUAGCUAAUAAAAUGAAUAAUUUAUAUAAGGACGCAAUAUUCAAAUUUCAAGACGACAUUAGGUUUUGGAUCGCUUACAUGAAAUUUUGCAAGCAUGUGCAUUCCAACAGCAAUGUCAGCCAUAUGUUAAGUAGAAUGUUGCAAGUGCACAGGAAUAAACCAAAAUGCUGGCACAUAGCGGCGUGUUGGGAAUUGGAGGAGAACAACAACAAGCAAAAUGCACGGCAAUUUCUCAUCAGGGGCUUACACAUUCAUCCUGAUUCUCAGUUGUUAUAUAUCGAUGCAUUUAGGCUGGAGCUAGACGAUCGUCUACCCGUAAACUCUAAUAAUACUGAAAAUGCCGAGAACCGAGAGGAUAAUUCGGCAUCGAUGGCGGUGGACGAUAACGAGCUACCAUUGUCACUAAAAAGAGCAUACGUCAUAUAUCAACAGGCUUUUGAAUGCGUUAAAGACAUUAAAUUUAUAAUGGAGUUACUUAACGUCACGAAAGAGUACGAUGACACAGAAAAAUUGCAAAAGAAAAUUAUCUGCGAUAUGAUUCGAGAGUACGCCCAUGAAGCUUUAAUGUGGGACACGAUGGCCCGUCGCGAGUUGCAAGGCUUGGUCCAACCAGGCCUCACCGACACGUCGAUGGAGAUGGAGAAUUCUGGGCAGACUUCGUUGAGAGAUCGUAUCACAUCCUGCAACAAGGUGUACCAAACGGCCGUGAAAAAAGUCAAGACCGAAGAGAUGUGGGCGCUUUAUAUAGACUGCUUGUUGGAAAUCAAUUGCGACAUGGGAUCGCUGCCAAAUUUCAAGAGGAAGCUCUUGAAGACUGCUCUGGCGCAAGCCCAUCAGGCAAAGAAGCUCGGGGAGAAGCAUUAUCUACAUUGGAUUGGUAAGCUAAUCGCUGACAAGGACCGCGACGAGAGCGCACAAAAGAAAUUGGAUGAGGUGCUGUGUGGAGCAACCGACACUAUACCAGAUAGCGUUAAACUUUGGCACGCUCGCAUCAAUCACUUGUUGGAGUCCGGUAAAGAGGAAGCAGCGGACUCCGUACUGUCGAAGGUAACAAAUACAUUGGGUGAGAAAUCAUUGCCUUUGUGGAGAAUGCGCAUCUUGCACGCUCAGAUAAAGAGCUCGGACGAGGCCGAAAAGGUUUUCGAUUCCGCUUUGAAGAAGCAUCAAAUCGUCAAAGCUAUUAAGCCCACGUGGCUCGAAUGGCUCGUUUUAACAAAGGGUAUCCGUGCAGCUCGCAAAGCAUACGACGGUAAUUGCCUGCACAACACUACGUUGGAGUUCCAUAAAAAAAUGGCGAUGCUCGAAUCUGUACAACCAGAGAUCUCAGUGAAGCACGCGCGGCGACCUUACGAAAUGGCGAAAGAGUGUUUCGGCAAGAGUGAAAAGGCCGUCUGGCUCGACAGUAUCAAGUUCGAGAUGAAGCACGGAGACCCGAAGAAUGUUUGUGAAAUACACGCGAAAGCAGUCAAAGGAUUAGAUCCUAAUCUAACAUAUUCUUUUAUAGCGGAUUAUAGUUUGCUCGCAGCUAAGCCUGACUCCGUGAAAUGCCAGCUAUAAACUUAUACAUAUUAUAUAUAGAGCGUGCCACAUGUUGGUAGUAUAUCACCACGAAAGUACUUCUUCGUGUUUUUUGUAAUUAAUAAAUUAAUAUCGUAAUUUGUAAUAAAAUGCAUAAACAUGAUGCGCUGAAUAAUUCUGCGAUACAUGAUAAAAGAAAUUAUCAUAAUUGCGUGUUGCUUCGGAGUGUCCCUUCAGUUGUACGAUACUUUCUUAGAGAUAGAGAAGCAUUAAAUAUUUUAUAUAAAUUUGUCAGAUUUGCGAAUAGCAAAUUGUUUUUAUAAAACUUUUAAUAAGAUACGACUCACAUGUGAGAUAUAUUUAUAAUGGAUCUAUUAUAUGUGUCUCGCAUAUACAUAUAUGUCUAUACGUGAGAUAGACAGAAAUUUAUUUCUAAUUAUAUCAAAUAUGAUUAUUGUAGAAGUAAACGACGAGUAAUAUCCAUUUGUCAAUGAAAUGCAGAACGUCAUUCGACAUCUCAUGAAUGUGAUUUAAGUUAUUAUUAUUAUUAAUGAAAUAUGCUUGUCCGCAGAUUAGUUAUAUAAUAAUUUAAAACAUGGGCGAAUAAUAUAACGCUUAGAAUUAUAAAACACAUUUUAUUCGAUUACUUAUUAAAAAAAUAUAUCGUAUAAACUAAAUAUUCGAUAUAUCCGAUAAUAUACCUUAUAAAGGUUCGAAAAUAUAUUUACAACAUUAGGAGUACAAUGGUUUCCAUUGUUGUAAAACAAUAGCGCUUACAAAGCGCAUAUUUAGGAUUUCGUAGUCUAUAGUGUCGUAGACAAAUUACAUUAUUUAACACUCGAUGCGAGUUGUCAAAGUAUCCUACUGACUGUUAUUUCAGCAAUAAUAAAAUAAUAUCUCG